AUGUCCAUCGCAGCUGGAGAUCACCAUAUAUACACCGAUGCCAUCGCGGUUCAACCGCAGGUGGUCCAAUCCAGUGUUCGAGGUCUCGUAACACCAACGGCCAUCAGUACAACAGCUGAACCACUAACGCUCAACCAAAUUGGGACUCUCAUCGGGAAAUAUGGCCCGGUUCUCAAUCUGCACCCUAAUGAGAAGUUCUUCAACACUUCCGUCGAAGAUUUCCUGAACCAUUCCGAAUUGAUCGAAGUCAUCGACAAGAAGGCCAAGAAGACCAAGUCCUUGGGCAAGCCGACCGCCGCGAAUCUGCCACAAACGGGCAAGGACAGUCAAUACUACCUGCAGCUGAAGGAAGACGGCAAGAAAGGGGAUUUGUCAGCGGCAAAAGCAUACGUCCGUGCAUUCUGGCAGCCUGGAAUGCCAUACACCGACCUGCAGUUCUGGUUUUUCAACGCGUACAACGGACCAGGGACGCUCCACAUUGACGGGCUGGUGAUGGACAGCAUUACGAGCUCUGGUGAUAUCAACGUGUCCCCGCUCGGGGAGCACGUGGGAGACUGGGAGAUGUGCAUGGUUCGCGUCAACAACACCACGCUAAACCUUGACAGUAUCUGGCUAUCGCAGCACUCCAAGGGCCAGUUCUUCACGGCGGACCAAAUUGGGCGGGCCUUUGAAUUCCAAGGCACGCAGCCGAUCAUCUUCUCUUCGCGCAACGGACAUGCAAACUUCUCCCGCGCGGGAUCCAAUCCGACCGAGUCGAGGAAGAUAGGAGGCAUCCCGGCAGGGUUUGGCUUCUUCGUACGCAACGAUACAGCUGUGAGCAACUAUAAACUAGACUGCUCCAAGGACUACGAGCUCGUCUCGGCAGACUUUGCCGGGGUCAAGUCACCUAGCUGGUUGACCUAUCCAUUCCGGUGGGGUCCCGAGGGAACUUCAACCCGCAUUAGUCCUGUCACAGUUGCCGAAAUCGUCGAGGCCGCCGCAGGCGACGAACUGACCAAGUUUCUGCCUUUCGCUGCGGGAGUUAUCCUCGCUGGAGAAAUCCUUCCACAUUUCGUGAAGGGCGACAUCAAUGGACCAACUCCCCCAAGUCGACAUGGAAGCUGGAUGGGCAUAUAUCCUGUGUACUAG